UUCUUUGAGAGCCGCACCCAACGUUCGCCCUAACCUCUGACCUGUUACAACAGCAACAUGGCGGAACCCGGUAAAAACCAUGCUGGAUUUGAACCCUCCAAUAAUUCCAGCGAAACUGCGGCUUCUUCAGCACAGAAUGCACCAGCUGAAUUUUCCGAGAGUCCACAGAAAGAUGGCGAAGGUUCGAAACGAGAGGAUUUGGGGUAUGACCUGUUCCACGGCAGAGGAAAGUCGUACAGGGAAACCAUGACAACCCCGUACGGGAAGUUCGAGAAUCUGUUUGACUCCUAUCACCCCAGGUGUAAAACCAAGCUCAUGGUCGCCAUGAAAUCUAAUCCGUUUGUGAAGCUGCUGCUGAAAGCAAUGGAGGAGUCAGGAUGGCCAGACUGGUACAACAACCUGCAACAUGUCGCAUGUUCAGAGAUACGAGCGGCCAACUUGAGUGGUGACUGCCAUUUUUCUGGGGAGUUGAGGAGAUUUCAGCUUAAAGGGGUGAAAAAACACCAUCAGACAUGUGUGUGGCAGCGAGCUAAGGAGUCAGUGAAAGUUGUGAGGAACUGUACAGAUGAGGAGGCGUCCCGAGCCGUGGACUCAGUCUGGGACGCCUGCUUCAACGACCUCGCUCCGUUCCACAAGGUGCCCAGGAACAAGAAAGACGCCAUACGGGCUGCCAGGUUCAGAUAUGACUAUGAUAUAUGAUUGGUAAUAAUUGUAACAAAGUGUAGUUCUCAGGUACAUAUGUACUUUUAUAGCUUUAUGUCCAGGUAAUGAGAUACAGUUUUCAAAAUCUAUCCAGUUGCUUAACUGUUUUUUUGUGUUUUUAUAGCUUUUGUUAUAGUCAGGUAGCAGGGUCUUAGGUUACUUGAAAAAUAGUAGAAAUGUGCCAAACAGACCGAAUAGUAUGAAUAGUACAAAAAUGUAUGCCUGCUAGAGGGAACAGUUUGCAACCUACAGAGGUUGCCACUUUCUACUAAUUUGACCAUUUUUCCCUAUUUCUCCAUCAACCUGAGGAUGCUGGUAGAGGCUAAAUAGGCCAGUCAUAAUUCUGGUGGUUGCCAAACUGAAUGUAUGUUUGCUGUAAAGUGAAACACUAUGAAUUAUGUAUGUGAUGUAUUUCUGAUUUUACAGAAAUGAUAAACUGAAUCUUACAAAGUAUCUUGUUGUCUUCCUGAUUCUCUAAAUAGCACAAAUUAAUGUAAAGGCUGUGAAUAAAGAACAAACAGUUUUGACUCAUUUAACGCUUUAUUUGAAACAAUUCUUGAUUAACACCCUCUAGAUAUCAUUCUUUCUUUACAUAAAUACUGACUUUUAGCUUCCUUGCCAUAUGAGACUAAUCACACAUUUCACACAUUAUGUAUGUACACAAGGUAAUACAG